AUGUCCUAUGACGAAAUUGUGAGGAUAAUCCUUUAUGAUUUUUCAAAUUCUGAUGAUCAUGAGAGUAUCGGAAAAUGUGAGCUUCCUCCCAUUCGGAGAUUGGAAUUAUUGUUGAAAAUGAAAUUCUCAAUGCAACAACUCGGAAAGAAGAAAUGGUUAUUGAAUAGAGAAUUGAAGUAUGAGGAUUUCUUUCCUGUUGAAUUUAUGAAUGAUAAAGAAUUUGUAGGGAAGCAUAUUGAAAAGUAUGGCCACGGACUGAUCUAUGCAUCACCGUAUUUACAACAAGACAGGAAUUUUGUGUUGCAAGUAGUUCCAUUCGCUGGGGCAGAAUUAGCUGUUACAAGUGAUUAUAUUCGUAAUGAUCGAGAAGUAGUAUUGAAAGCGACAAAGAAUGACUUUCACGCUUUUGAUUUUGCUGGAGUAAAACUUCAAAACGACAGGCAGUUUGUUUUGGAAGCAGUUCAACAGAAUGGUAUUGUUCUUUGGAAUGCUGGACCAUUUAAGAAAGACAGAGAUGUUAUUUUGACUGCUGUGAAACAAAAUGGUGAAGUGUUGGAAUGUGCUUUCAUAGAUCGAGUUGAAGUGGAUGAAGAAAUAAUUUCAGAGGCAAUCAAACAAAAUAAGAAUGCACUUCGAUGGAUAUCCAAAGAUAAGCUCAAAAAUGUUUAUUUCAUGCAGAAAGCUCUACAGUUAAUAUACCCAGAGCUCGAUAGUUUUGAUUAUUCAAACAAAGAAACCAUGAGGAAGGUUAUUGGAGAAUUUGGAUUUUUACUUGAAUUUGCAAACGAUGAUCUCAGAAAUGAUAAGAGUAUUGUGGCGACUGCAGUUCGAAAUGAUGGUUAUUCUUUGCAAUUUGCAUCAGAUCAUUUGAGGAAUGACAAAGAAAUUGCCUUACUCGCUGUUACACAAGAUGGCUUUGCAUUGCAAUUUGUCUCCACAGCACUGAAGAAGGACAAAGAUGUAGCAUUAGCAGCUGUAAAACAAAACGGAUUUUCCCUUCUGCAUGUUCAUGACGAGUUGAAAAACGACAUGGACAUUGUUUUGACAGCAAUCCAACAAAACGGUGGUUCUUUCCAGUACUGUAAUGAGAGGAUGAAAAGGGAUCAAGAAAUUGUAUUUCAAGCCAUCCAAUCCAGUCCCAGUGCUUUUGUUUUCGCAUCAAAAGAAUUGUUUCAUGACAAACAAUUCUUAUUGAAGAUCAUCAAGCUUGGAUGUAGAAACAUUCUUAGACAUGCACCAUCAGAGAUUUCCAAUGAUAGAGAAUUUGUGUUAAAAGCAGUCAAAGAAAAUAGUCUUGGAGUAUUCGGAUACACGCGUUCUGAUUGUCCCGAUAGGGAAAUCAUGUUAGAAGCAGUGAAGAAUAAUGGCUAUGCAUUGAAAUAUGCCAGUCCAACACUACGACAAGAUGCAGAACUUGUGAGGGAAGCACUCAAAUGCAAUGGUUACGUGUUAAAGUACAGUGACGAGUUGUACCAAACACGAAUGGAACAUUGCUAUCAUAAUGUGUAUUUGGGAUUUCAGUAA